AUGGCGCCGCCAAAAGAGGAAGGGUGCCUGUCAUGCAGGACUGUGCUGUGGUGCCUUACUUUCCUGGGCUGUGGAGUCAACUACAUGAUCAGGAGCAACAUAAACAUAGCGAUAGUCUCCAUGGUGAAGAAACAAUCGUCAGACGGGAGUGUAGUGCUUAGUGAUUGCUACCGUCCAAGUUUCAACGUAACCAGCGACUACACGGUCAACGAGAGCCUUUCUCACGCCGAACUCAUCGACGAUGACGACGAGAACAGAUAUAACUGGGAUGAACAGGAGCAAAACGUUGUCAUGGGAGCGUUUUUCUGGCUGUACUGGGCAGCCCAGGUACCUGGAGGAAUGCUUAGCCAGCACUACGGCACAAAGAUAGUGUUUGGCUUGGGCAACCUUAUGAUUUCUCUAACAGCACUGCUAAUACCACUUUUUGCAUCACUUGACUACAGAGCUUUGGUAGCCCUCAGGAUAUUCCAAGGAAUGUGUGGGGGCGUCUGCUGGCCAUCCCUCAACUACAUGAUCUCGAGGUGGAUACCAACCAGCGAAAGAGGGAAAUUUAUGAGCGCAGUCAUGGGUAGCUCUGUGGGUGCUGCACUGACGUUCCCUCUCUGUGGCUUGAUCAUACACUUUCUCAACUGGCAGGCUGUGUUUUAUGUCACUGGUACGAUUGGAAUAUUAUGGUUUAUCAGUUGGUGGUGGCUUGUGUAUGAUAAUCCGGCGGAUCAUCCUAGAAUUAGUGAAUCAGAACUCGAACACAUCCAAAAUGCCAUUGGAGACAGCAUUUCCAAAAAGAAGCUUCCUAUUCCAUGGUUUAAAAUUCUUACAAACUGGCCACUGUUUGUGACUAUAUUGCCUCAGUGGGGAUGUAUAUGGGGAAUGUUCACUAUUUUAACACAAGCACCAACAUAUUUUCGCAAUGUUCAUGGAUGGAGUGUGCAGAAGGUUGGUUUUUUCUCUGGUCUCCCUCAUGUUUGUCGAAUGAUUUUAGCCAUCUCAGUUGGUUACCUUUGUGAUUACUUGCUGUCAAGUGGCAAACUAUCAGUUACCAAUGUUCGAAAGUUGGCUGGCUUCAUAAUGAACAUUCUGCAAGGACUAUUCAUGCUGGGAUUGGCCUUCUCCGGCUGCAGUUCAGUGAUGGCCACUAUUUGUCUCACUGCAGCUCUUGCUAUGAGUGGAGCUGAAUCAGCUGGAGCUUUAUCUACAUACAUUGACCUCAGUCCCAAUUUCUCCAGUGUACUCGUGGGCAUCGGUAAUAUGAUCUGUGUGACUCCAGGGUUUAUGUCUGCUGCAGUUGUUGGUGCUUUGACAUACAAAAAUCAAUCAUCUGAACAGUGGAAGAAAGUUUUCCUUAUAUCAGCAGGCAUCCUUUUAGCUCCAGGCUUGCUACACCUUUUCAAAUCAUCAGCCAAAAUUCAAGAGUGGAAUUUCCCUAAGUCUAUGGCAAAAGAAAUGAAAGAUGGUGUCUCUGAGAAGGAUAUGGAAGCUCGACAACGACUCACAUCAGAACAUGAAAUUGAAGAUCAGCACAACAGAAAAGAAACAAAACCAUAGACAGUGUAAAAGUCUACAUAAGCAAGUUAAGAAAUUUGAGA